AUGAAUGAGAGUCAGCUUUUCAACGGCAUACACAAGCCAGCGACAAACGGGUCGAAAGAACAGCCAUACACAAUCUCCGAGACUCCGCUAGGACAGCCUCGCGCGAUUCGCGUCGUCGUGGUCGGAGCGGGAGCAAGUGGAUUGAACAUGGCCCGUCAGAUUGACACUCAUAUGGAAAACGUCGAGUAUGUGGUUUACGAAAAGAAUCCUGAGGUGCUUGGAGGCACUUGGUUUGAAAACAGAUACCCCGGUUGCACGUGCGAUUUGCCAUCGGUAAACUAUCAGUUCAGCUGGGCGCCGAACCCCAACUGGACCAAAUUAAACAUCAGACUCAACCAUGCGAUAGUCGGCGCUGAAUGGGACGAAGCCGCGGGGGUCUGGAAUAUCGAGAUUCGGGAUCUUGUCAAUGGCAAUCGUCUUCACAAUUGGUCUCAUGCCCUUAUCAAUGCUCCACGAUCAAGCCAUUGGAAAUGGCCUGACAUAGCCGGACUCCACGACUUUGAAGGCAAGCUCAUGCAUUCGGCAUGUUGGGACGUUGCGUACGAUAUGCGGGGAAACACUGUGGCUGUUAUUGGAUCUGGAUCUUCAGGCGUACAGAUCAUCCCAGCUCUUCAGCCCCAUGUGAAGAGUCUGAUAACUUUCAUCAGCAGUCCAACCUGGAUCACUGCGGGGUAUGCACAAAAGUUUGCUGGUCCAGGAGGGGCCAAUUUUACCUGUGACCGGGGACAAUGCUUCUACUUUCGAUCCCAGGACAAAGCAUAUCUCGACUACCGCAAAGACAUGAAGUCAGAAUUGAACCGACGGUUCAAUAUUCUCCUGAAGGACACGCCCGAGCAGGCCGCAGCAAAAGACUUUUCAAAAACCGAGAUGGAGAUGCGAGUCCAGAAGGACGCGCGCUUGGUGAAAACUCUGAUCCCGGAUUUUCCUGUGGGAUGCCGUCGCUCCUACCCGGGCAAUGCGUACCUGGAGGCAUUGGUUGCGCCGAAUAUGAUGAUCGUGACAGAUGCAAUCGAACGCAUCACCAAGACAAGUAUGAUCCUUUCGACCGGGGAACACGUCGAGUUCGACGCUCUGGUAUGCGCCACGGGCUUUGAUGUCUCUUUCCGCCCGAGAUUUCCCAUCAUGGGUAGAGGAGGCGUCUCGCUAGAGCAACACUGGACCGAGGGACUGCCACAGGCAUAUCUUUCGCUGGCGGUGGAGCUCUUUCCAAACUACUUUGACUUUCUAGGGCCUAACUGCCCGAUCGGUCACGGUUCAGUGGUGCCCAUUGCCGAGCACGCAGCCAAGUACAUGAUCAACAUGCUCCAGAAGAUGCAGACUCAGAACACCAAGACCUUCGUGCCCAAGGCUGAUGCUGUUCGGGAUUUUAACGAGCAUAUCUCCGCGUUCAUGGAGCGCACCGUGUGGUCCGCCAAAUGUCGCAGCUGGUAUAAGAACGGCAUGACGGAUGGGCCGGUCGUAGGCCUCCAUCCUGGAAGCCGCAUUCAUUGGUUCCAUGUGCUGGAUGAUCCAAGAUAUGAGGAUUACGAGUUCUCGUACUGGACGAUUAGCCGGUUUCAAUACCUGGGCAACGGAUUUUCCACGAGGGAAGCUGAGGACAGGGAUUCGUCAUACUAUCUCGAUCAGCCUUGGGCUGGGAUUCGUUCGUAUUAG